AAAAUAUUUAAGAGAUUCAAUGGGUAAAUGUAUAAAACAACUUAGGGCUAAGGUGUCAUUUUCCCAAAAUAAAAAUAACGUAAACCUUUUUGACAUUAGUCCACAGAAAAAUAAACCCUAUCUCUUAAACUUGGUUAGUGGUUUGUAAAGAUUCCCCGUUAAUCUCUGUUCGUUUGCGUGUGUAUUGUCUAUGACAAAAUCUUGACGUGCGUUUUGAAAUUCGGUUUGUCUCGAUGGCGGCAAUUAGAAUCACCGCCACAGUUGUUGUCAGGGAGAUUCUCCGGCCAUUACAGUUACCAUCUUCUAUCCGCACCUGCUACAAACUCGUUUGCAUCGUUCCCACUCCGCUCCGGUUCAUUUCCCGUCCAGUCAGUUACUCCCCGAUCCGGUGUGCCGCGGCUUCCGAUUCCGAUGGCAGCGGUAAUAAGAAGGCGUCCGCACGAAUGUCUCAGGUUCAGCAGAAAUUGCAAGAAGCCAUUGAGAGGGCUGUUGGAGGCGACGAACCUAUCCCUAAGAUUACUCUAGAUCACGUGAACGUGAGCUUUGCUAGAAGUGGCGGACCUGGAGGUCAAAAUGUCAACAAAGUAAACACAAAAGUUGAUAUGAGGUUUAAUGUUAAGGCAGCAUAUUGGUUACGUGACAGGGUCAGAGAAAAAAUUCUACAAAUGGAAAAGAAUCGAAUCAACAAAGAUGGGGAGCUUGUGAUUUCCUCCACAAAGACCAGAACACAGAAGGGUAACAUCGAGGAUGCCUUGGAGAAACUACAGGCGAUCAUUGAUGCUGCUUCAUACGUCCCGCCACCUCCAUCAGAAGAGCAAGUAAAGAAAAUUACCAAAAUUGCGGCUGUAGCAGAGCAGAAGAGGCUGCAGGGUAAGAAGGUCAUUUCACAAAAGAAAGCAUUCAGAAGAAGCCGAGACAGUUAUGACUGA